AUGGCGGCGAUUCGCAGCGUGAAGGGCCUGGUGGCGCUGGUGACCGGCGGUGGCUCCGGGCUGGGCCGGGCCACGGUGGAGCGGCUGGUGCAGCACGGGGCUCGCGUGGUGCUGCUGGACCUGCCCACGUCCAACGGGGGCCAGCUGGCCCAGGAGCUGGGCGACCACUGCGCCUUCGCCCCCGCUGAUGUGACGUCUCCCGAGGAGGUGAGGGCAGCUCUGGCCGUGGCCCAGAAACAAUUUGGCCGCCUGGACCUGGCCGUGAACUGCGCCGGCAUCGGCAUCGCCGUCAAGACUUACAACAGCAAGAAGGACAAAGUGCACGAGCUGGAGGAUUUCCAGAGGGUCAUCAAUGUGAACCUGGUGGGGACUUUCAACGUGAUCCGCCUCAGUGCCCAGCUCAUGAGCCAGAACAAGCCCGACACCGACGGCCACCGUGGGCUCGUGGUCAACACCGCCAGCGUGGCCGCCUUUGAGGGGCAGGUGGGUCAAGCAGCUUACUCGGCCUCCAAGGGUGGCAUCGUGGGCAUGACCCUGCCCAUCGCCCGGGACCUGGCACCGCUGGGCAUCCGUGUGGUCACCAUCGCCCCAGGGCUGUUCUCCACCCCGCUCCUGGCUGGUUUGCCCGAAAAGGUCCGGAAGUUUUUGGGACAGCAAGUGCCUUUCCCGUCGCGGCUGGGGGACCCUGCUGAGUACGCCCACCUCGUGCAGGCCCUGGCCGAGAACCCCAUGAUCAACGGGGAGGUGGUGAGGCUGGACGGGGCCCUGCGCAUGCAGCCCUGAGUCUGGGGGAUCCCCCCCCACGCCCAUCCCCAAAUUUUGGGGUGGGGAGCGGUCACACGCUGGGGACAGAGAGCAGGGAUGGACGCUGUGGCUGGACGCUUUCCGGGGACACUCCAGGAUGGGAACGCUGCGGGGACAAGGACUGUGGGGGCACCGUAUGAGUGGGGACAGUCUGUCCUGAGCGGACACAACCCUCACCCCGAGUGGGGACGACAACACAUGAGUGGGGACACCCUGGGAUCUGGGCACAAACCCCAGGAAUGUGGCCAUGAGGCCCCUCAGGAAGUUGGGAAACCCCCGCCAUGGGGACCCUGCUCAGGUGUGGGGGGACCAUCCCGAGUCCCCCCGGGCCCCUCCGUCCCUCUCCCGAGCCCGUCCCCCAUCGCAAUAAAGCGUGUUCGCCCA